UUCAACAACUAGGGUUCUUGUUUCUCCCUCUUUCAAACUGAUCAAUGACUGAUUCUAACUCCUACUUUCCUCCCGAUCUUUUGGUCGAAAUCCUUCUAAAACUUCCUGUAAAAUCCCUGCUCCGUUUCAGAGCUGUCUCCAAAUCAUGGAAUUCCCUUAUCAGCGGCCCUGUUUUCAUCUCCACACACCUCAACCAAACCCCAAAAACCCCCACCCUUCUUGUUAGGCGUUACGAUACUCACAAUAAAGAAUAUUAUUCACUAUUUCAAGACUGUAAAAGUCGACCCUUUUGCUUGGAUUUCUCAUCACAACUGAAUCUCCCAUUCAAUUGCCAACUUGGGUAUUUCAGAAUAGUUGGUAGCUGCAAUGGAAUCAUGUGUUUGUGUGAUGAUUUUUUUGCUGACGUAGGGAAUGUAGUUAUAGUUCUAUGGAACCCUUCUAUUCAAAAGUUUAUAACUUUACCCUUGCCUUUAAUUAGGCCUAAGUCACCCCACAUGUUUGUACUUGGAUUUGGUGCUGAUAAUUUGUCUAAUAAUGAUGAUGAUUACAAGUUGGUCAGACUUGUGUAUCAUAAGAAUGAUGAUGAUGUAUUUUCGCGGUAUAAUGUUCCUCCUGAGGUUGAAAUUUAUUCACUCAAUACUGGGGUUUGGAGGAGAGUGAUAGGAGUUGAGAUUAAGCAUUGUGUGGUGGAGUUUAUGUGGUCUCAGGCUUUUGUGAAUGGAGCUGUCCAUUGGAUUGCAUAUGAUGUGGGCGAGAACGGUGGUGUUCGGAGUUUAAUUAUGUCUUUUAGUAUAGCUGAUGAGGUGUUUGGGGAUAUUAUGUUACCGGAUGCUUUAGCUGGUCAAAUUGCAACGAAUUUAUCGAUCAUGGUGUUUGAGGGCUCCCUUGCUGUUGUUAAGUAUGAGAGGGAGAUAGAUGGUGGUUCAUGUGAAGUAUGGGUGAUGAAGCGGUACGGAGUUUUGGAAUCUUGGACUAGAUUUUAUAGUAUAAAUUUGGAUGAUAUGGAGAGAGUAGUUGGAUUUAGGAAUAAUGGUGAAGUUUUGUUUUCAACUAGGAGCUAUGAUCUGGUUUCUUAUGAUCCAAAGAGUGGACACAAGAAGGAUCUUGGUAUUCGUGGGAGUUCCCGCUCGUUUUAUGUUCAAAAUUACAUGGAAUCGCUUGUUUUGCUUCAAGGAGAUAAUGUAGUUUCGGACGAGUUCUUGGAAGGAAUGGGAAGUUUAUGGAUUGAAGACUAGCUGGACUAUAGAACUUCUUGGUGCACGAAAGAAGAACGUGAUUAGAAGUAUAUUUGAUAGGUGGAAUUGCCAUACUUCUCCCUGAUACCGAAAUUGGCGUGUAAUUUAGCUCAAUCCAAGAAGAGAGCCCUGUACAAAGUCAGUGCUGCAAAGGGCCAAAAGUGUCUACCGGAAACAACCUCUCUUCCCUCCUAAGGUAGGGUAGGGGUAAGGUCUGCGUGCACACUGCCCUCCCUAGACCCCACUUGUGAGAUUUCACUGGAUUUAUUGUUGUUAUUGCACCAAAGGGCCAAAAGUCCUUAGCAUCUAAAGUAUGCACUGUUGUGACCUUGUCUUCAAAGCAUUUUCUAUUUUGCUCCAUAUCUUCUUGAUACAUUUUGCUCCCUUGCAACCGCACAACAGUUAAACGGAUCCUUAAUUGAGUACAGCAUCACCCCACAUUUGAGUUGGAUGAGUCCUCUAUGUCGUUUCUUCUUGUUGUGGAGGAAAUGGAGUUUGAUUUAUUUGUUCUGUGCAAGAGUUUAUAAAAUCACUUGGUGUUGUAUUCUUC